ACACACACACACACAGGCGCGCGCGCACUUUCAGUCCAUUGCGCUCUGAAGACCAGGAGCUCCAGAGAUGUUCACGUUGACGUGACUGAAAUUGCGCGAUGAUCGUCACGUGGAGGUUCCUGACCAUCUUGAGUCUGGUCAGUUACACAGAGUCCGAGUGCUCCUCGACAUCAUACUACAGGGACUGCUGGAUCCGGCGGUUCCCGGGACUGCACGUGGACCCGGAGGAGUCUCAGCGCAGAGGCGCGCAGCUGCUGCAGCUUUACCGUGGAGACAGCGCACAGAACUGCAGCCGAGCCUGCUGUCUCUCCUCCAACUCCUCCUGUAAUGUGGCUGUGUUUCAUUACUACACCACUCAGGACAGUGUCAAUUGCUUUCACCUCCACUGCCCAACACUGGAAAGCUGUAUACGCCAUCAAAGGGCCAAUGUCAUCGUCUACAAUGUUACCAAAGGAAUGGAUCCUGACCUUUUGAUAUUUGGGAAACCCUUCCCCUCUAAUGCCCAGGUGCACCCUUACCUGGCCUCACUAAACAUCUCUGAUUCAUCUGGCACAGACAGACGUCAGUUCAACCGGCCUCACAUGGACCCCAGCAGCUCAGCACAUCCUACUAUUCUUGCCUCUACUCCUAUUACAUCUACCAGCACACCAGCAUCCAGCUUUCCCAUCUCUUCUUCUCCGCCUCUUUCUGUUUAUUCCACUCAAGAUAAGCAAGACACAUUUCCGGCUUCAGCGAUACAGACAUCUACAGCCCUGAAGCAGUCAUCUCAUCUCAUUUCUUCUCGUAUUAUUAUUACCAAUCCUUCGACAGACCCUACUAUAAUGUCUACUACAAAUACGUCCCCAGCUCCUAGGAGAUCAGUGCAAACCUCUGUCAGAUUAACAAACAGGCAAACAAGCUCAAUUCCCCAACCCACACAUACUUCCAGUACCACUAUAACACCUUCACAACUAUCCAGUCAGCUUACAUCAAGCUCAUCAUCCUCCUCCCAAGUAGGUCUCCUUGGAACCACAAGUGCAUAUACGAUCAGCCAAAUUGUAUCCACAGAGAUAAAAACAAUGCCAUAUUUAGCCAUUAGUACAACCCUCAGUAGUGGCCGUACCACAACAACCUCGCUUGCCCCUUUCUCAGGUACAGGAGAGACUACAACCGUCUCUGUUCCGUUGACAAGUACUCCAGAAAGUAGUACAGGAAUACCUGUAUCACUCAAAACUACUCCACCUAGUAGUAUAGGAAUGACUCCAACCUUGACUGUUCCUCUUUCUAGUACUCUGCAAAGUAGUACAGGAAAGACCCCAACCACGAUUUUCCCUUUCUCAAGUGCUCCACAAAUUAUUACAGAAGAGACUUCAACCUUGCCUGUCUCUCUCUCAAGUAUUCUGCAAAGUAGGACAGAAAAGUCCCCAACUUUGACUGUCCCUCUGCCAAGUUCUCUGCAAAGUAGAAUAAAAGAGACUAUAACCCUGCCUGUCUCUCCAUCAAGUAAUCCACAAACUGAUACAGGAAAGACUACAACCCAAACUACACUUCCCCCAGCCCAGCUAAGCUCUGCAAGUGCAUCCAUUGCCUCAACUCCAGCAUUUAUUCCAGUCAAAACCACAACAGGUUAUGGAACUACAACUACAGGACCACAACUGGUGACGAAUACCAUAACAACCACCUCAUGGUUCUAUAAUCAUGCCCAAACACCGCAAUCAACAGCAUCUCCUCUAAAAGUAAAAAAGAUUACUCCAUCCUCAGCAACAGAUGGAGUUUCUCAAAAGCAUUCCAACAUAAAUGUGGGUACCACUGAUGUUUCUGUGACUAAUAUCAGUCCAACGACGUUAAAUAGACUUCACUCAUCUGUGGCAGCUUCAGAAACCAACUCUGACCUACACACAUCAACAACAAUCCCUACCAUCUUGGAGGACAGCCAACCGUACCCCAACGACACAAAAGGUUACGUUAGCCGUAACGUUACGACAGGUAACAGUCCACAGCCUGUAAGUGAUGGAGAAUUGUCACAAGUUUGGCAUCUGGCAGCUAACUCUGUCCUGGUAGCCUUGGCAACCUGCGCAGCCUUAGCUUUUGGUUGUUGUUGUUCAGUGCUGAUGGUGGCGAGCUGGAGAGGAAGGAGGAGGAGGAAAGGGAGAUACCAGACAAAGCUAAAAGGCAAGAAGUGCUCCAUGCGCCUCAUCAAAUACGUCUUUGUGAGGGAGAGCUCGUGAUUCAGGUCCUUCUGACACUUUUGUGAGAUUUCAAACUUGCCACACGAUCACGGUUACUCGAACUCGCAUAAAGGAACGAUCCAUGAAGUUCAUGAAUGUGUGUACGUUUCUUUUCUGCCUUAAAUAAAAUCAAUAUAAUGUUUAAAACAAAAAAUUGUUAUAUAAAGACCAAAAUGAAUUGAAAGCUUUAACAUUUCCAAGUAUUGUAUGAGUGUUUAUCAGUCACCAUUAACUCUUAACCUUA